AUGACGUCAGUGCUUGAGCCAAGAUGGCGGCUUUCGGUCGGUAAACGCUCGAUCGACACCGGAACCGAGUCAACCUUCGCCUCACGGAGAGCAAGCAGAUGCUCUGAGUGAACGAGGAGAAGCGGAGGAACUGACAGACGACGGAGAGAGAGAGAGGAAGAGGAGAAAUAUGGACGCCUCGGAGUUUAUGGACACCAUGGACCCGAGUCUGUCCGAACUCGGCGACGAGUUCACUCUCGGAGACAUCGACGAGAUGCUGCAGUUCGUCAGUAAUCAGGUGGAUUUCCCCGAUAUAUUUGAGGACCAGAUGGGGGGUGGAGCCACGGCGAGGACCCUCCCACAGGUGGCCCCCAGCGCCAUCCUGACCCCCCCACACACACCUGUGCAGACCAGCAGCCAGACACACGCACAAACGCUCACACAGGCACACACACAAACGCACACGCAGGCGCACACACAGACACGCACACCGCCGGUGCUGCAGCCACGCCCACAGCCAAUCACACAGGUGCAGACUCAGACGUUCCCUAUGCAGACUCUGGCCGUGCAGACACAGACACAGCCGCAGACCGUCAUGAUCACACCCACCGCCACAUCCUCACGAUUCAUCCAGAACCAGGUCAUCUGCCAGCAGACCCCUGCUACAAGCUUCCAGGUGCUGCAGCCGCAGAUGCAGAGUAUCGUGACGUCUCCGCAGGUCCAGCCAAUGACCAUCCAGCACCAGCGCGUGCUGACGCCGGCCGGACAGACCAUCCAGACGCUCUCCACAGCGCCCACUGCUGUACACACCAUGUCCCAGCAAGUGCCUGUGUUGGUGCACCAGCCUCAGAUCCUGAAGACGGACUCUCUGCUUCUGACCACCAAACCAGACGGCACGCAGGUCCUGUCCACUGUCCAGAGCCCCACAGGCAUCACCACGCUGACCACACCCAUCCAGACCACCGCCCUGCAGGUGCCGACGCUGAUGAGCAGCAACAUCCUGACCACCGUUCCUGUGGUGAUGGGGGGCGGAGACAAGCUGCCAAUCAAACAGCUGUCAUCAGGCCCCGCCCAUAAUAUAGGCGGAGCCCGAGUGGGCAUGGAGCAGAGCCCGGUGGUGGGUCCAGGAGGAGUGGUGAAGGAGGGCGAGAGGAGAACCACACACAACAUCAUCGAGAAGCGCUACCGCUCCUCCAUCAACGACAAGAUCCUGGAGCUGAGGGACCUCGUGCUGGGCAACGACGCCAAGAUGCACAAGUCUGGUGUCCUGCGCAAAGCCAUCGACUACAUCAAAUACCUGCAGCAGGUCAACCAUAAGCUGCGGCAGGAGAACCUGACGCUGAAGAUGGCCAAUCAGAAGAACAAGUCAGUGUGUGUGUCAGAUGUGGAUCUGGAGCUGAAGGCUGAGGUGUCUCUGAUCUCUCCUCCUCCGUCUGACUCCGGCUCCAGCUCUCCUGCACAGCUCUCACCCUACUGCAUCGACUCUGAGCCGGGGAGCCCACUGCUGGAGCACGAGCAGCUGAAGAGUGAGCCGGACUCUCCGUCGUGUGUGGGUGUGAUGGACCGCUCUCGUCUGCUGCUGUGUGCUCUCUCCUUCCUCUGCCUCUCCCUGAACCCGCUGCCAUCUCUGCUGGGCGCUGAGGCACCGGCCGGCUCUCCUGCGGGGACACCGGCGGGUCACGGAUCCACACGCACACUCUUCUCUCUGCCCGCACAGACACAGAGCUUCGGGGCGUGGCUGUGGUGUGUGCUGCCCUUCCUGCUGGUCUGGGUCGUGAGCGGAGUGGGCGUGGUCUGGGGGUGUGUCCGAGUGCUGUACCUGUGGGAGCCGGUCACGCCCCUUCAUUCACCGACAUCUGUCCGAUUCUGGAGACACAGGAAACAAGCAGACUUGCAGCUCUACAGGGGUGAUUACGCGGGCGCUGUGCUCAGUCUGCAGACGUGUCUGUCAGUGUUAUCCAGAGUUCUGCCCAUCACCACUCUGGACAUCAUGUGCUCGCUCUCCUGGAACCUGAUUCGCUACUGCCUGUGGAGACCCGCCCCCUUGGGCUGGCUGGUGCGUUUGGUUGGAGGGAGGCACGAGGGGGAGGAGUCACAGACCAGCUCACGGGACGCAGCGCUGGUGUACCACAAACUCAGCCAGCUGCAGCUCACAGGUCAGAUGGAGCGGCGUCCGCUGUGGGGUGUGUGUGUGUCUCUGAGUGCCGUCAAUCUGUGUGAGAGUGCUGAGGGGAAGCUGACGGCCGCUCAGCAGGUGCAGGUGUACGUGACGGCAGCCAUCAGUGUGAGAGCAGCGCUGGGGAAACACCUCACCUGCCUGCCAGCGUAUCUGCUGAGCUGUGCAGAGGCUCUGACCUGUCAAUCAGACUCUAAGCCCCUCCCAGACUGCCUGCGCUGGAUCUUCACCCCAUUGGGCCGUCAGUUCUUCUUGAGCUGUGAUUGGUCAGUGCGGUCAGAGAGUGACGGGCAGAUCUUCACCUCUGCGAGGGAUGAAGCGGAUCCCAUCGCUCAGCUGCACCGCUGCUUCUGCCAGAAACUGCUGGAGAGAGCCACACACACACUGAUAGAGCCGCAGAGCAGAGAGGAUGCUGGGGAGUUCACUGGGGUUCUGGAGUUUCUGCAGCUGUUGAACAGCUGUACUGAAGACUCCGCCCCCACCACCGCCCCCUUCCCUGCGCUGGCCAAUCAGAGCUCAACAUCAGUGCGGGACCCGGUCUGCCGCUGGUGGGCGUCGGUGCUGACGGCUGCUGUUCAUUGGCUGCAAGGUGAUGAUGCGUCUGUGCGCUCACUGCUUGCGGAGGCGGAGCGAAUGCCCAGAGCACUGCACACACUGGAUCACCCGCUGCCCAAGGCUGUGUUGGCGCUGUGUAAGGCUGUGCAGAUGAGUGUGUGUCCACAGAAGGGUGAGGGCGUGGUCAGCUGCCUCAGUCACUGUCAGCGCGCCAGUACCCAGCUGCACAUCAGUGUGUGUCAGUCGCACAACAACACCUGGCUGCACAAGGGGGUGGAGCUACUGGUCUGUGACCUCCUCCUGACUCUGAGAACCAGCCUGUGGCAACGAGGAGGUGGGUCUAAUGGAGAGCCUGGCCCCGCCCCCGGCUCUCAGCUGUCAGGCUUCCAGAGGGACCUGAGCUCGCUGCGCAGACUCGGACAGGCCCACCGCCAGGCCCAGCACAAGCUGUUCCUGCACGAGACGACGGUCAGGCUGAUGGCAGGAGCCAGUCCCACACGCACACACCAGUUGCUGCGACACCGAACACACAACUACACCACCACAGAUGGCGAGUGUGUGUUAGGUGAGCGCGAGAGGGCUCAUGCUAUCCUGCUAGCGUGUCGUCACCUGCCGCUACCGCUGCUAACACCACCAGGACACCGAGCACGCCUGCUAGCGGAGGCUAAACGCACCCUGGAGAGAGUAGGAGACCGCCGGAGCCUGCAGGACUGCCAAAACAUACUGCUGAGACUGAGCGGAGGGACCACCAUCGCUGCAUCAUAACACACACACAUUGAAACACACAUUCACACUGGUAUACACACACAUACCGAUACACACACUGGUACAUAAACACACUGAUAUGCAUACACUAAUGCACACACAUACACACUCACACAGAUGCUGGUAUUGGUGGUUUAUGAGGACUCUCCACAGGUGUAAUGUGUUUUUUACAGUAGAAGUGGCUUAUUAUAAGCACCCCCCCCCCACACACACACACACACACACAUCAACGAUUCUGAAUAUGGAACAGAUUAACGUUGGUUUUAGAUUACCAUGAUUUUAGAACAGUUUUAGAUUAUAAGGACACACCGUCCUCAUAAACCACCUCAGUGCUGUAACACCUGGAGCAUGCACACACCUCUGUACACCACCAAAACCAGCACAUACACACACACACACACACACACACAGAUGCUGAUAUGAGGGUCUCCGCAGAUCAUCUUCAGCUCACAUUCAGCUACAUACAUACAUACAUACAGUCUCACUCACACACACACACACACACACACACACACACACACACACACACACACACACACACACACACACACACACACACACACACACUGACUCUGCUUGAGAUAUAUGCUAGUGAUGAUCAUGUUAAUAUUAGAGUUGUGUAUAUAUUAGUUUCUCACACACACACACACACACACACACACACACACACACGGUUCAGUUUGUCACAUAGGAAGAAAACGCUUGUGUAUCUGCAGCUACCUCACACACACACACACACACACACGUUGUACAGAACUGUGUCUUAUAGACCAAAGUCUUCUAGCGCUAGUGCGACACACACACACACACACACACACGUGAGGGAUUUUAUUAUUAUUAUUAUUAUUCUGACGCUGAUCUGCUAAUGUGUCCGUCAUGUUUAGUUUGUGUUUGUAUUCUUUUCUAUCUGCAGACGUGUCAGCGGGACCUUUAAUAUGACCACACACACACACACACACACACACACUGUUCAGAUGUGUGUGUUAGUGCUUGUAAUGGUGUAAUCUAGCGGUGUUUUCCUCAGUGACUGUGCUAACUCUCCUCUCUCUGCUUCUCUGUCGUGUUGGUCUGGAUUUAUACGUCUUUUAAAGGGUUUGUUUUGUAAUAAACAGGAGAUGAAGCCGUUGAAGAACA